AUGUACAACUUCCCAAUUGCCAGGAAAGGUUCCCCAAAUCCUCGCUGCAACAGAGGCUCCCCAGCAACUGCGGAUCUGGAUGAUGAGAAUUUUCUUCACACUGUCAUGUCCUGCGACCGCUACGUGGCCAUCUGCAAGCCCCUGCACUACGGGACCCUCCUGGGCAGCAGAGCUUGUGUCCACAUGGCAGCAGCUGCCUGGGGCACUGGGUUUCUCUAUGCUCUGUUGCACACAGCCAAUACAUUUUCACUACCCCUCUGCCUUGGCAAUGCUGUGGAGCAGUUCUUCUGUGAAAUCCCCCAGAUCCUCAAGCUCUCCUGCUCACAUUCCUACCUCAGAGAAGUUGGUCGUCUUGUGGUUGGUGCCUGUUUAGCACUUGGCUGUUUUGUUUUCAUUGUGGGGUCCUAUGUGCAGAUCUUCAGGGCCGUGCUGAGGAUCCCCUCUGAGCAGGGACGCCACAAAGCCUUUUCCACGUGCCUCCCUCACCUGGCCGUGGUCUCACUGUUCACCAGCACUGCAGCAUUUGCCUCCCUGAGGCCCCCCUCCUCUUCCUCCCCAUCCCUGAAUCUGGUGGUGUCAGUGCCUUACUCGGUGGUGCCUCCAGCAAGGAAAGGCACUGAGGAAGAGCAGCCCGUGAGGGACCUCCCCGAGCCAGCUGGGCAGAGGCUGGUCCCACUGCGGCGACUCCCAGAGCACCCCUGGGUGCCCAGUGGCCAUGGGCACGAUGCUGCUGCCAUCACAAAGCCGUGGCGGUCGCUGUGGAGACGCCCAUUGUGA